GACAGGGUCUGAAGCAAAGACCUGGUGAAGGUAUUGCCGUCACAGUAAUGUGAAAGGCUGGUUACCAUGGCAAAGAGCCUGGAUUCAGGAAGCGAUGAAGAGUUUGAAGGCUUUCCUUGUGCAGCUAGCCAUUCAACAAGAAAGAAAAAGAAAAAAUUGGUUAAUAAAGCUUUAGAAAGUACUGAAGACGAUGAAGAUGAUGAUAGUGAUGAUUUUAAGGGUUCAAUCAAAAGUUCUGGAAGGAAGAGAAAAACAUUGGAAGCAUUUGAAAGUGAUGACGAUGACAGCGGAAGUGAUGAAGACAUUGACUCUAUUAAUGAUGAUGAUGAUGAAGAAGACGAUGGUGAUGAUGAUGACACUGAUGAUGGUGAUGAUAAUAAUGAUGAGGAAGACGGCAUUGAAACUGAAGACACUCUUGAUGUGGACUUAAAUGAUGAUGAUGAUGAUAUCCCAUCAAACUCUGACCAGUGUCCCAUCUGCCUGAUGUCUCUUGGAGGACAAAAGCUUGGCACUCCCAGCGAAUGCAAACAUGUAUUCUGCCUGGCAUGCAUCAUGGAAUGGUCUAAGAAUGCCAAUACUUGUCCUGUUGACAGGAAGGUGUUCCGAGAAAUACUCGUGCAUUUAACCAAGAAGGGAGCAAUUUUAGAACGAAUUCCAGUUGAAGACAGAAGUGUGCCUGAGAUAGGAUGGGAACAGGAACCGACCUUCUGUGAGGUGUGYCAUGAAUGUGAUAGAGAAGAUCGGAUGUUGUUGUGCGAUGGCUGUGACAAAGGGUAUCACUUGGAAUGUCUAAGGCCUCGGCUUUACACGGUACCCGCUGGCUCGUGGUACUGCACCACGUGUAUUGAAAUUCGACGAAACGAGCAGAUGGAAGAGGAAGGAGAUUCUGUACCUGACCUGUUGCCAGGCAACGCAAGACGUUCACGUGGUACAGUACGGGCUUCGACGAGAAGCGAGACAAGUAGUGAGACAAACGAAACAGAUAGGCCGCAAAGAGCACGAACCGCUGCUAGUAAUAGACGACGAUCAUCUUCAACUCGAGGUCGAGGUAGGGGACGAGGAAGGACUGGUUCUCGUUCUUYAGGCCGCGGGAGGUCUAGGUCGAGUACUACUGCACGCUCGAGGACUGGCUCUACUACACGACGCGGUCGAGGAGGAAAGAAGAAAACAAGAACACGAACGGGACGAACCUCUUCUACCACAGGUAAACCUAAGAGGAAGAAACGAAAAACCACCACUACCAAGAAAAAGCGCCGAUCGACGACAAAAUCAAAAGCGAAAAAGCGGAAGGCAGAUAAUGAAGAUAGUUAUCGUAAUCCUUUCGAGGCACAGUCACUUCGAGGACGCACCCCAAGGGAGAGGCUCAACAAUAAUUUAAGAGCAUCUGGCAGUGCUUCUGAUCCAGGGCGUGGACUUGGGACGCUUUCUAUAUUUGGUGACCAUUACGCUCUAAAUGGGUUUGAAGACGACAGCACGAAUGAACCGGAGCAAUCCGAUUCAUCGAGCGUCAAGUCAGGCCAUUCCGACGUCCUUGGCUCAAUAUUUAAUGGAAUUGAAACUCUCCAUGACGAGAAUGCAACAGUAUCACGUGAUGGCCGUGUUCUGCCUUCAGAGUCAUAUGACAAACGCAGUCCAAAUAAGGGAAGUCAGAUCAAGGGUAUUGAAAGCGGCUCAUCCAAUGAAAACCCUGGUAACUUCUCACGUGAUCAGACUGGAAACAAAGAUGAAACCUUAGUGAAUUCACCUUUGGUAAAAAAAGAAAAGGAAACAAUCGAAAGGAAUGAAGAUUACCAAACAGAUUUACAAAAUGUGGCUUUAGGCUCGAACAAGCUGCAUGAGAACCCAGGCGCUUCCACUGAACAAAUACAAGGUGCAACAUUAGAAAAUAAAAAUUUUAGAGAAAGUUUUAGAGAAAAUUUGCGAAAUAACUCUUCUGUUACUUCUGAUCUUCAUAAAAAGUCAGCAAAACCAAAGCUAAAGAGUGGACCAUCUUCAAAACUUCCAUCUCCGACAGUAGCACAUUCCUCUUCUUCAGUCUCCAGUUCUAAAAGGUCACUGAAAGAGCUAACGCCCUCCCCCGCAACAUACGUGCGAUUCAAAAUACCUAAAAAGUCCUCUCCGUCACUUGAUUCUUCGUUUUCCCGAGAAAAGGAUUCACCUGGAGCCUUGGACGCUCUCGAUUCCGAGAUGCCUCAUUCUACUGCUAGCCCAGACAGUCCAGUGUGUCAAACUCCAAUCUCUACUAAGAAAGAUUCUUCUCGAUACGAUAAGUUCUCUACUCAUGAUUCCAAGGUUUCUCACGAUUCUACUGAUAUUCCAGACAGUCCAGUGUGUAAAACUCCAAUCUCUACUAGGAAAGAUGCUUCCCAACGGAAGAGGAUGUCUCCUAUUUUGUGGACUGAUAAAGACAAAGAGAUCAAGAAGUUACCAGAAUUUAAAGUGGAUGAURAUACUUGCAGAGCAAAAUCCACCACAGUCUGCCCCAUAGCGCGCUUGCCUAGAUCAUCCACACCGUCGAGUAUACCUUUAAAUAACGAAAUAACUUCCUCACAAGAUAAGAAAAUAAGUUCGAGCAGUGAUCAAAAGAAUGAUUUUACUUCAUCCACUCGUAAUCUUGAAGAAAAAUAUAAAACAAGUUCAAAGCUAGACGACGCGAAAUCUGAUUUAAGAAGUAUUUACAACUCACAUCGAUCUGCAUUUUCUCCAGUGGCUGAGACCAACGACAAACAAGAGGCUAAUGGAAAGCAUGUGGCAACUGGCGAUACUUCUCUUUUGGGAAAUCAAAACAGUAAGCCGUCUCUCCAACAUCUUCCGACUUCUUUAAGAACUUCUUCGCCUUUGACUGCUAACAUUCUUGGACCGCGGCCAUCAUCAUCAGGUUUGAUCGGUUCAACAAAUAUCGGUUCGCCAGGAGGAACAGAAAAAGAAAAACGGAGAGGUCUCUCACCAUUGUCUAAAUUAUUGGGACCUCGGCCGUCAACUGGUUUGACUGGUUGUGCAAGUACUGGUUUGUCAAGAAAGACAGACAAGCAGUCAUCAUCUGGGCAAGACGCCCGCGUUAUAAGAUUUACUGGAGGGAAAGGAGAGAUAAAAAUUAAAGUUGUGCCAAGUCAAGACGAAACACACCCAUCCUUACGAAGUUUGCCCGAAGAAACGAUUCCUGUCUUACGAAGUUUACCCGAAGAAGCCCAUCCUGCCUUACGAAGUUUACCCGAAGAAGCCCAUCCUGCCUUACGAAGUUUACCCGAAGAUGCUCAUCCUGCCUUACGAAGUUUACCCGAAGAUGCUCAUCCUGCCUUACGAAGUUUACCCGAAGAAGCCCAUCCUGCCUUACGAAGUUUACCCGAAGAAGUCCAUCCUGCUUCACGAACUUUACCCGACGAAUUUCUUCCUACUCUGCGGAGUUUACCUCCACCUUCGAUUGUCGAACCACCACUCMCCUUUCUAAACACAGCGCAACAACUUUCUUCUCUCAAACCCCUGAAGCGCGUUGCUAAGCAGCCAGCAAGGCCAAAACUGAAAAUGCUAUCAACUUCUGAGACAUCGCAGCCAGCUUCUGGUACUUUGACCAGCGGUGUUCAACCAUCGCGUGAAUUUUCUAAUCGCACCGUUCAGAACCUCGCAAUAAUUCAAAUGCUUCGACAUAAGACGUCCAGCCUGAGGACAGAAGUUGAAAAAGGACAUUCGUUUCUGCGAAAAGAACUCGAGUCUAGCAGAAGAGAAGCGUCAGAAACCGAACCUGAUUCUAUGAGCAGCCCAAGUUCAACUUCUACAGCACGGCUUCCUCUCGAAGGGUCUCUGGAUCAACAGGAAUUGAAUACUAAUCGUCCAAAGCUUUCCUCACUUCUUGGAUCGCCUAGGAACGCCAAUUUACCAGUUGCUGUAGUUCGACCUUCUCUAUCUUCUGCUGCCUCUGGCUACAAGAACCCAGAUGCUUUUUGUCGCCAGACGGUUUCUUUUGCUGGCUUUGCUGAUUCUGAUGCAAAUGGUUCUCAAAUUUUAGAAUCUGAAAGAGAGAAAAAUAGAAGAAAGGGUAUUGCUCGACUACAGCGCAUAGAGAGGAUAAAGGGCGUUAUCAAGGAAUCGUUACAACCUUAUUAUGACCACAACGAAAUUACCCGUCAAGAUUUUAAAGAAAUUUUUAUUCGAGCUGUUGACAAAGUGAAAGAUUCCAAUCAUGAAAUAGACCGCCAUCGCAUAGCCUUACUCGUGAAGAAGUACGUCAAGAUGUUCAAAGGACUGCGUGUAAUAGGAGCCAAACACAACAGUAAUUUAUGACGCCACACACAAGUAGGAAGGUAGAUUGAUGUAUAUAGAUAGAUAUAAAUGGGCGUAGAUUUUAUUAAUGUGCAAUAAUGUGCAAAUCUUUUUAAAACCAGAAUAUUUAAUAGCUUAUUUAAUAACUAGACCCUACGAGUCAAUAGUCCAUGAGSCCGAAGGCAGAAUGAUUGAGCUAUUGACUCGUCGACCAUUAAGUGUAAACCUUUUAGUUGUUCAAAUAAAUGGAUACGAAAGGCCA